AUGUGCGUCUUGCUCAGCUUGGUGCUGGUUGCUUCAACAGAAGCAUUCUUCUUAAAGUGGGGUUCAGAUUCAACGCCGCAGUCUUCGCAGAAGAACUGGGUUCAACCUCUUUCGCCGAAUAUGUCUCCCCUGCAGUAUCGGUACCAAUAUACGUACCCGUACGAGCAUCGCAAAAUUUACCAGAUGCAGGGACAGCAGUACCAGCAGCCCGAGAUCUCGGUACAGCAAAACAUGUCGCCUAUACCCAUCAGUAUACCAGCUGGGGCUAGUUUGACUCCCGUCUCACUUCAACACGUCCAGCUCGUCCCUUGCAUGUGUCCUGUAGCACCAGAGGAAGCCGAAAAGUUGCAAGAGCAGGUUGGCCCCGGGCCGUAUAUAGCACAGGCAUACACUCAAAAUUCUUACGCCACUCAACAACAAAUGACAACCUCUAGUGACAACAAAGGGUCAUCCAAGCAGUGA